AUGAAUUUUGAUCCUGCGCUGGGGCUGCUAACUCCAAUUCUGUGUCCCGAGGUGAGCCCCCCUCCCCCUACUUCCCAUAGUCCUCUCAGCUCAGAACCAACCCAAGGCAAGAAGAACUGGACUGCGCGCCCCAGCCGGCAGUAUGACAUAAAGAAAAGGGGUGGGGAAGAGGAAGAAGGGGCAGAGCCAAAGGAAUCCGCUCCCUCCACAAGCCAGUCCCCGCCUCCCGACAGGAUCUUGGAGGCGGCCGGCGACUGCUCGAACCUAGCACCACGUCACGGCAUCCCGGCGCGUCCCAGCCAGGGGACCCCAGAGCGGGGCCGCAACGCAUCGGAAACCCGGGCAGUAGUUUCCGGAGCCCGCUCGGGGAACCGGGAUCUUGUAGGUUCCUUCCCCACUCAAGUGUCAAGGAGACAAGCCCGCCCCGCCCCCUCUCCAAACACGCACUCCCUAACAGCACCACAACAAGAGCAGCCAGCCCAGGCUCCUCACCCGGGCCUCUCGGCGCCGGUCCCAAUGUCAAGUCCACGACCCAAGUCCCUCCGGGCCAGUAGCUGUUGUCAGGGGUCCCGGCCGGCACCCGCGCCUCACUCCCUCCCCAGCGGAGAGGACAACCGAGAGAGAGUAAGCCAGCGGAUAUCCAGCCAGACGACCUGGACUCACCGGGAGUCUCCCAGAGCUAGACCCCCGGAGUCCCAGCACCAGGCCAGCCAGAGUCCCCCUGAGUCCACCUCGGGGAGCCCCACGAUCCCGUUAGGAAACAACGGAGGAUGGGGCUGGGAGCCCCAAGCCGGGCUCCGAAUGCUUGGCCCGGCGCUCCUCUAGCCUGGCUGGCCUGCCAGCUCUUCCCAGGACCCUGCCUGAGAAUCACCCACCUGCCCGGCCUUUCGGGGCUCAUCUAAAAGGCUCCUCCGCCAAGACUAGGGGACACCAGGAAUUGGGUUUGUUUGCGGUGCCUCUGAAGGGGCAAGAUGGCGACAGGUAACAGGGCGCAGGCGCAGCCGCGCGCGGCCAGUCGGGAGGUGUAGUUCCCCUUUCCCGCCUUUCCGAGAACAAACACCAAAAGGCCUCCAUUCAUCUUGUCCUUCUUUUCCUCCGCGUUAUGAAAGAAAAGGACAGACAUCGCGGAGGGUGCUGGGAGUUGUGGUCCGAAUCAAAACUCCAACCUCUUUCGCUCCAGGUUUGCUGUCGUACGCGCAAGGAAGGCCGGGAUUGUAGUUCACUUGGUUUCUCCUGCAUACCCUCCUGUCUCUGGCUUCGCGCGCCUCUCCAGGGCUGCCGUCUCCCAGCCAAUCGGCUGCGCUCUCUGCUACGUGUGGCGUCACACGUCGCGACCAAGAUGGCGCUAGCGGCUGGAGCAGGGGCUUUGCUGCGACCUUUAGGGUAGUGAGGUUAGGGACGAUGGGAGAGCAGCUUUGUUCCUGAAGUGCCGUCGAGGAUUAGGAAAGAGUUUCUUCGAUCGUGAGGGCAAUUAUUGGCCUCUAGCCCCCCAGACGGCAUCUUGAGGAGAGAGAAUCCACGCUUCGAGAACUAACAUAGUGGACAUCGCAGUUGUCCGUAGCGGAUUUGCUGGUUACGGAGUUGCAAGUAGAGAAAGGGAAAUCCGAGCGUUCUCGAGUUGGGUUUCCUCCACGUGUGAAAUGGGAAUGGUAGUGAUAUCUCGUGCUAUCUCUGUCAAGGGCAAGAAGGAGAAGGAAUUUAUUUGAGGCCCUACGACGUGGUGCGGUGGCUCACACCUGUAAUCCCAACACUUUGGGAGGCCGAGGCGGGCGGAUCAUCUGAGAUCGAGAAUUCGAGACCAGCCUGACCAACAUGGAGAAACCCUAUCUCUACUAAAAGUACAAAAUUAGCUGGGCAUGGUGGCACAUGCCUGUAAUCCCAGCUGCUCGGGAGGCUGAGGCAGGAGAAUAGCUUGAGCCCAGGUGGCGGAGGUUGUGGUGAGACGAGAUCGCGCCAUUGCACAGCCUGGGCAACAAGAGCGAAACUCCAUCUCAAAAAAAUAAAUAAAAUUUUUUUUUAAAAAGAAA